UUCGUUUGCGCUUUUCGUGGAGAGAAAAAGGAUAUUUCCGAGAUAAAGUGGUGCAAAACCCGUUCCCCGCCAGCAUGCCGGAUAUUGAGGAACCCAUUAUCAGCGAGCAGGAGACGAGUGAGAAAAAGAGUUCGCCGGCACGAAGCAAACGAAGCCCAUCGCAGGAAAGCAACGCUAGCGUCGAGGAUGACGACGGCGGGGGUAAUCGGCUGAAGUCGGUAGUUACGCGUCGCAAAAAUGAAACCAUCGAAGAAGGCGAACUUUGCUCGGAUCGUGAGUCACGCUCCCGCAGUCGUUCCCGGUCCAGGGAUUCCAGGGAUGAUGAUCGACGGUGCGAGUCCCGGCGAAAGGAUGACCGCCGAAGACGAAGAUCCCGGUCACGCGCCCGUUCCUACUCGCGGUCACCGUCGCGCUCACGACACAGAGGUGGCUAUCGCAGACGAGAUCGUCGUUCCCGGUCCCGUUCUCGUUCCCGUUCACGAUCCCGGCAAAGAUCAGACCGACGGGAUAACCGGCGAAGGGAUGAUGCACCCGAGCCGGCCAAAAGUGAGCGGAAGGAGGAAGGAGACGAGGCGCUGCUGCGAAAUGAGAAGCCGGCCAUCCGCAAAACCGUUGAUUUGCUUACAUCGAAAACGGGAGGUGCUUACAUUCCGCCGGCCAAACUGCGGAUGAUGCAGGCGGAAAUCACGGACAAAGCUUCGGCCGCCUAUCAGCGCAUUUCCUGGGAGGCACUGAAGAAAUCCAUCCACGGUUUUAUCAACAAGGUCAACGUGGAUAACAUAGGCGUGAUCACUCGGGAACUGUUGCGCGAGAACAUCAUUCGUGGCCGUGGAUUGCUCUGCCGAUCGAUCAUACAAGCACAGGCUGCUUCUCCAACGUUCACGCACGUUUACGCCGCACUGGUGGCCAUCAUCAACUCCAAGUUUCCCAAUAUUGGCGAACUGCUGCUGAAGCGAUUGGUGAUCCAGUUUAAGCGUGGCUUCCGAAGAAACGAUAAAUCCAUCUGUCUGUCCGCAUCGCGCUUUGUGGCUCAUCUCGUUAAUCAGCGUGUCGCGCACGAGAUUCUAGCUCUGGAGAUUCUGACGCUGCUUGUGGAAAACCCAACCGACGAUUCGGUAGAGGUGGCAAUCGCGUUCCUUAAGGAGGUGGGACAGAAGCUCACAGAAGUGUCCGGUAAGGGCAUUAAUGCGAUCUUCGAGAUGCUGAAAAACAUCCUGCACGAAGGCAAGCUGGAUAAGCGAGUGCAGUACAUGAUCGAGGUGGUGUUUCAGGUGCGAAAGGAUGGAUUCAAGGAUCACGUUGCCGUGAUCGAAGCGUUGGAGCUGGUCGAAGAGGAUGAUCAGUUUACGCAUUUGAUCAUGCUGGAAGAAGCUACCGACACCCAGGAUAUACUGAACGUCUUUAAGGUGGAUCCCGAUUUUGAAGCCAACGAGUCCAAGUACAAGGAAAUCAGCAAUGAUAUUCUCGGUAGCGAUGCGGAGGAUGACGAAGAAGGCGGUGACGGAUCUUCGAGCGGCGAUGGUAGCGAUUCGGACGACGAGGAAGGAGGCAGUGAUUCGGACGAUGAGGACGGUACAGCCGAUGGUUCCGGCAAGCAGCAGGAUGCUAUUAUCGAUAACACGGAAACAAAUCUCGUCGCGCUCCGCCGAACGAUUUAUCUGACUAUUCACUCCAGUUUGGAUUACGAGGAGUGUGCGCACAAGUUGAUGAAAAUGGAACUGAAGCCGGGCCAAGAGCAGGAACUGUGCCACAUGUUUCUCGAUUGCUGUGCCGAGCAGCGUACGUACGAAAAGUUCUACGGUCUGCUGGCGCAACGCUUCUGCAUGAUCAACAAAAUGUACGUGGGACCGUUUGAGCAGAUCUUUCACGAUACGUACACCACGACGCACCGGCUCGAUACGAAUCGGCUGCGCAAUGUGAGCAAAUUCUUCGCCCAUCUACUAUUUACCGAUUCCAUCGGCUGGGAUGCACUACAGUGUAUUCGAUUGAACGAGGACGAUACGACCAGCUCCAGUCGGAUCUUUAUUAAAAUUCUCUUUCAAGAACUGGCCGAGUACAUGGGCUUGUACAAGCUUAGCGCCCGCUUGAAGGAUCCUACGCUACAGGAACCCUUCUCGGGACUGUUUCCUCGGGACAAUCCACGUAACACCCGGUUCGCCAUCAACUUCUUCACUUCGAUCGGUCUUGGCGGGUUGACGGAUGAGUUGCGCGAGUUUCUGAAAAACGCUCCUAAGCAACAAGCACAACCACUGCCGGCACCUGCUGCUGCCAUCGUCUCUAGCGGCUCCAGCGAUUCGGCAUCCAGCUCCUCGAGCUCGUCGGAUUCCAGUUCCGAUUCCGAUUCAUCGUCAGAUAGCAGCAGCAGCAGUAGUAGCAGCAGUGCAUCUGAGUCCGAAGAUGAAAAGCAAAAACGUAAACGACGGAAGAAGAAAGAGGAAAAGUCGAAAAAGACGAAAAAGGUACAGAAGAAACGGAAACCGGACGAAGGCAAGCCAGAGAAGGAAGAUCGUAGCAAGCAACAGUUUGAAAAACGAAAAGAAGCACCUCGUGAGGAACGAGCCAGAAGGGAAGAGGAGAAUCGUGAUCCUCGCGAUCGACGGGAUGACGGACGUCGCCGCGCUCCACAGCAUCACAGAGAUCGCCAGAUGGAGGACGAACCAGAAUACGAUCGACGUGAUCGUGAUCGCGAGGAGCACUAUCGUGGAAGGCGCGAGCGUGAGGAGCGUCGUGAUGAGGGCUCUAGAGGAGGCCACGACCACCGUAACUAUGAUCGGGAGCGUGAACGUGCGUACAAUCGCGAGCGUACGGACGAUCGAGAGAACGCGUAUCGUUCCCGCGAUCGACGUGAUGAGCGCCGUUAAGGCUGAUUCGAUCUUCAAGUUUUACACAAAUUACAGCUUAAUCAUAAGAGUACAGACCGAUUUGGAAAAUAAAGAACCACCCCCUAAAUAAUAGCAGCUUGAUCG